AAGCACAUAAACUAACAAAGCACCGGGAAAAGGAAAAAAAAAUCUCUCUAGACGAAACCAAUGGCGCCUUCUUCCUCAAGCGGCCUCACCUUCAAGCUCCACCCCUUAGUGAUGCUCAACAUCUCCGAUCACUUCACCAGGGUCAAAACUCAGCUCAACCCUCCAUCCUCUUCCUGCGCGACCAGGAACAUCCACACCACCACCAAAGUCGGCGCGACGUCUCCGCAGAACGUUAGGGUUUACGGCUGCGUGAUCGGUGCGCAGAGAGGCCGAACGGUUGAGAUCUUCAAUAGCUUCGAGCUUGUGUUCGAUCCUAAAUCCGAUUCCCUUGAUAGAUCCUUCCUCGUGAAGAAGCAAGAGCUCUAUCAGAAGGUGUUCCCUGGCUUCUACAUAUUGGGAUGGUACUCUACGGGAAGAGACGCUGUUGAAUCUGAUAUGCAUAUCCACAAAGCUCUGAUGGACAUUAAUGAAUCUCCGGUUUAUGUUCUUCUCAAUCCGGCUACCAAUCACGCACAGAAGGAUCUCCCUGUGACUAUCUAUGAAAGUGAGUUCCAUGUCAUUGAUGGGAUUGCCCAACCAAUUUUCGUGAAUGCAAGCUACACGAUUGAGACAGUCGAAGCUGAAAGAAUAUCGGUUGAUCACGUUGCACAUCUUAAGCCAUCAGAUGGAGGCUCAGCAGCGACCCAAUUGGCUGCUCAUCUUACUGGCAUACACAGUGCCAUCAAGAUGCUCAAUAGCAGAAUCAGAGUGCUCUUUCAGUAUCUUGUCGCAAUGCAGAAAGGUGAUAUUCCCUGCGACAACUCACUUCUGAGGCAAGCAUCUAGUCUGCUCAGAAGUUUGCCUGCUGCACACUCAGAAAAGUUCAAUGAUAAAUUCUUGAUGGAGUACAACGACAAGUUGCUGAUGUCUUAUCUAGCAAUGAUCACAAACUGUACCAGCAACAUGAACGAGGUGGUUGACAAGUUCAAAACUGCAUACGCGAAGAAGAGUAGAACAGGCGGUAGAACAGGCGGUAUGAUUCCGUUCAUGUAAAGAUUAGUGUCAGCAUAGAACCCUUUAUAGCGGGUUUCUGAGGAAAAAAAAUAGAUUUCAAUGCAUUUCACUUUUGUGAAUCAAACAGCUAAUGACGUUCUUCUUUUUGCUAAAAGCUUUGUUUAGAUAAAAGCUAAGUUUAGAUUGCUAAUGUUUUGCCUCCUAUAUCUUUUUGAUUCCCUCAAUUUUAAGAACCAUUUAU